GACAACAAAAACACGGAAGAAGGCUGAAUCAGCUGACGAGUCUCGUCUGUAGAUGUUUUAUGUUGUUGUCAGUCCUGUCUGUUUUUAACCAGCUGACAUAAUGGAUGACCAAGAGAUGCAACUGAAAGUCAGACGAGUGACGGACAAAUUUACGGAGAGUAUGUACGUCCUGGCCAACGAGCCGUCAGUGGCUCUGUACAGACUGCAGGAACACGUCAGAAGGUCCCUGCCCGAACUGGUGCAACACAAGACUGACAUGCAGAGCUGGGAGGAGCAGAGCCAAGGAGCCAUCUAUACUGUAGAGUAUGCAUGCAGUGCUGUGAAGAGCAUGGCAAACAGCAGCUUGUAUUUCAAAAAUAUCGACAGCCUCCUCCGUCAAGCCAUCAGCAUGAAGGAACAGAUCAGCAGCUCCCAGGGUCGCAGUGAUGUGAUCCCUUCACCCAGUCCCCUUGUCUCUGCAUCUCAUACCCCACCCACUUCCUCAUGAACCUCUGCACAGAUGUGUCCAAGGAAAAGGACUAUGGACUCAAACACACUAAAGGACGGGGGAGAAAAGCACAGUUCUGGGAUGUAAUGUGCCCUCCUGAGUUGCUGGUGUUGCUUCUACGUUCCCUUACUCUUCUUCAUCUAAACUCAGGCUAAAGUGGGGUCUUAAGGGUAACGCCAACCCAUCACAAUGGAGAGAAUGCCUCCAAUGACCUCCACCGGUGCAAGCCGCUCAGUGGAACAGAGCACCAGAGCACUGCCAGGGCCAGCAUUAAAAACACUCAAGUCAUGGACGCUGCUCAAAGAAUGCAUUGUUCUCUGGGACUCUGGAUGGACCAGAGAGAAGGCAGCUGAGCUGUUUUCGCCUGGUCUGUUGGAAAUCCUAAGUUUUGCUAAUGUAUUGGACAUUAGUUGUCAGACUUGUGUGAAACUUGUGAAAACAACCAAAUCAUGGGAAGUAGCAGGUUCCAGGUUCUUUUUUUGGUACUAAUAUACUUUUUUUCCAACUAGACAUGAAGUUCUAAAGAGAUUAUCCUGGCUCUUAGGAAAUCAGCUAAUCUUGCAUUUUUGUUCUUACCUGCCAAAUAGACAGACACUCCAAUGCAAAACAGCCCUAUAGCCACAUGUCGUAUCGAUCUGCUAUCCAGAAGGAACCAGUCUGCUCUGUAGAAACAAGUGUCAUAUGUUCAAUGUCAUACCAAAAGCAUGUUUACACAUUCAACAUUGCUGUUUGAAUAUCUGACAGGUGUAUCAAUCAGGACAAGUUAAUAAAUCACCUUAGUUGUGUUGGAA